AUCUUUCCCUCCGCGAUCUAUCCAUUCUUCCAUCCUCUCCGUUUCGCGCGUCGCGUUUCUCGCCUUCGGCCACUGUUUCGCCCCUUCUUCUGGCCUGCCUUCUCCCUUUCUGCGGCUCGUCUCGCGCCCGGUACACUCGUCCUGAGCUGUCCCGAGCGAUCGAGUGACCGCCACCUCUGCCCCCUUCCGGACCAUGGCACUGGCCGUGCCCAUCCCCAACGAUCGCAAACGGGUCAAGGUCUAUGAACUCAGAGAUAAUGACUGGUUUGACCGCGGCACCGGUUUCUGUACCGGUCAGAUCCUCAAUGAUGAACCGCGGAUCUUUGUCGAGUCUGAGGAUGAACCUGAUCGCGUGCUCCUGGAAACAAAAAUCACCAAGGAGGAUGGCUAUCAGAAACAACAAGGUUCCGUCCUGGUUCCUUCUAUUUUUCAUAUGCAUAGAGAGCUGAACUGACCGUGAUGCGCGAUCCAACCUAAAGAGACGCUGAUUGUGUGGACGGAGCCUAAUGGCACUGAUAUGGCCCUGAGUUUUCAAGAGGCUGAUGGUUGCGCUGUCAUCUGGGAUUUUGUGCAUAGUGUCCAGCGACACCUGCACAGCUUAUCUUCCGCCGAUGAAGUGCUGUCCGAUGACCUAGAGUCCUAUCAGACUAUCCUGUUGCCGCCACCGCCAGAACUGGGAAACCUCUCCGACAUCGAGCAGAUCACCCGCGCUGCCAGUAUGACACAAACCGGUCGCGAUGCCCUGUCCAAGUUUGUUAUUCGUGAGGAAUACAUUGCCAAAUUGAUCCCCUUGGUCCAGGUCGCUGAGGACCUCGAGAGCUUGCCCGACCUGCAUCGCCUUUGUAACAUCAUGAAAACUCUUAUUCUCCUCAACGAUAAUACCAUCAUCGAGACCGUCGUGACCGAUCCUAUUAUCCUUGGGGUCGUUGGCGCCCUUGAAUACGAUCCCGAAUUUCCUACCCACAAGGCCAACCAUCGACAGUAUCUAUCCGACCGCUCGCGUUACAAGGAGGUAGUGCCCAUUAAAGAUCCACUUAUUCGCAGAAAGAUCCGAAGCACCUGGCGACUUCAAUACCUGAAGGACGUCGUCCUCGCCCGCAUCCUAGAUGACCCAACUUUCUCCGUCCUCAACUCCCUGAUCUUCUUCAAUCAGGUCGACAUCGUUAGCCACAUCCAAUCCAACGUGCAAUUCCUGAAGGAGCUUUUUGGUGUCUUUGACCCCCGGAAUACGGAUGCCAAACGCAAAGAUGACGCCGUGUUGUUUCUCCAUCAAUGUACUUCCAUUGCCAAAAACUUACAGGCUCCAGCGCGUGCCAGUCUCUACGGGAAUUUCAUCAAUCACGGCCUUUUUGCAGUCAUCGCCUUCGCCGUUAAGCACCCAAACCCAGCCAUGCGCACCACAGGAAUUGACCUCUUAGUCUCUCUGUUGGAUCACGACCCCAUCACCAUGCGCAGCUAUAUGCUUAAAGCUGUCAACGAGAAGAAAACACCCCUCACGGACAUCCUGGUUGACCUCCUUCACACCGAGACCGACAUUGGUGUCAAGAGUCAGCUCGCCGAUGCCAUUAAGAUUCUGAUGGAUCCCCACGUCCCCAUGCAGGAUUCCAUGGGUCGCACCAUCGAUUGUUUCACAAAGCUCCGUCCAACUAAUAUUUUGCCUGAUGCAUUUGUCCAGACUCAUUUCGACGAAUCUGCACGCAGACUGUUUUCCCCAUUGAAAACACUAGAUCCUGGUGCUGAUAUGAACAAUUUGACAUUCCAAGAUGUUACCCUGUAUUCGCAUCUAAUCGAUAUUCUGAUCUUCUUCAUGCGUCAACCAGAGAUUAAGACCCGAAACCUCAUACAUGAAGAAUCGCUGGCCCCUAGAAUCGCCCAGCUCCUCAGAGUGCCGCAAAAGCAUCUUAAACUCAUCGCCCUGAAAUUUUUCCGCAACUUGGCCAGUAUUAAUGAUACCUUCUAUCAAGCGUUGUUGACCCACAACGACGCGUUCGGUUGGAUCUUGGACAUUGUCUACGAAACAAUGCCUCGGGAUAAUCUGCUAAAUUCGGCCUGUCUUGAAUUCUUUGAAUACAUUAAACGUGAAAAUAUCAAGCCCUUCCUUAUUCACGUGGUGGAGAAGUACCGCGAGAAGCUGCAGGGGAUCACAUACGUCGACACAUUUUCAAACUUAAUACUCCGUUACGAGCAACUGCAAGGGUAUGGAGCCGAGCCCGACUCGACGCUGUUCAGUAAGGAGGAGUCGACUGCGUCUCAGAGAGCUCUACCCAACGGGCGACGGUGGCAGGCCAUCAGGGAGAUGGAGGCUGCGGAAGAGGAGUACUUCAAUACGUCGGACGAUGAAGAUGAGUGGCACCAGGACCAACCGCAAACUACGGUUGCUGCCCAAGUGCAGAAUGGUGCCGCCUCUCCCAUGGUCAAACCACUAGUCGAUUACCCUGACGAUGAUGAAGAGGAUACAAUGGACACACAGGUACCGGCAGGUGCGCUACCACAGCAAAUGCCAUCCAAAUCUGAGCCUCAUCAGACGGCGGAUGCUCCUACCACUAUCAUUUCGCAGGUACCACGCACUCCUCCCGAGCGAUUGUCAGAGAAGCGUCGACGCGAGGAGGACGAGGAGGAUGAAUUGGUCAAGCUUGCCAGUGGUACAAAGCGAAGAAGUUCGGGCAGUGAUGGCCCCGCUAGUUCUGGUUUUCUGCGAACGAAGCGCAGCUUAUCCAUUGGAUCCAUGACUGGCGCGGACAAGGGCACGGCGCAAGGUGGUCUAUCUUCAAGUCAAAUCGGUAGCAAAGGACCCAAGAAAAUCGCUAUCGACCUCAGUUCCGCCAUCUUGAAAUCAUCGCCUCCUGAAACCGCUUCCACUGUGACCGUGACCACAGACAAAAACAAGGAGAAGGAAAACCGAAACGACCAUAAUCACCAUGGUAACGAAGGUGGAUGA